AUGGCCGUUGUCUGUGGGCUCGUUGCCAGAGCAAUCUAUCUGUUCUAUGCGAAAUUGAACCGCCGGAGCUGUCUGGGAAGAACAAAGGCUGCGGCUAAACUCUUGAAGUCGUCUACAGCUCAGAAGAAGAACCUGUCGACCGAAGGUUUCGCAUCUCUCGUAAGCAAGUGUAAGUCCUUCCGAGACAUCCACCAGGUCUUACAACCCGUCGACUGUGUUCGAUGGGGGCUGCCCGAAGAAGUCUGGUACCAACACAUAAACCUGCAAGAAGCUGAGCAAGAGUUUCUAAGAUCAGCUGUACUGAACGACACUAACGGUCUGAUUGAGUGGGCGCAGCACCUACCUGACAUCUCGACAGCUGUAGACGAUAUGAACAGGACUGCGUUGCACUUAGCUCUCGAGAAAAACAACAUCGAGGCUAUCGCGACGAUCUUGGGGCUUUUGAAUCCAGAGCCACAGCCUAUGGAGUCUCCAGCAACCUCAUACAGAAACGUGCAGAAGCUGUUGAAUGCUCCUGACAAGACACAGCGCACACCAUGGAGGAUGAUCAUGCCCGCCGAGUACAACCAGGUGAACACCAAGACCCCGGGAGCGUUUCUGCGUUUCAGGUAUUCAGUGAGACGACUUGAUAAUCCUGCUCCCUUAUCUCAGGUCAUCAACAUGAUUUUCACCCUUCCUUAUGCACUUGAGGUGAUGAGACCUUGGAUGUGCGAAGCCAAGACAAGCCAGUCUUCGCCACAGCUCGAAGAGUGCAUCAUUCAAGCUGUCCAAACUGAUAAUCUCUCUCAAGAUUUGAGAACUGGAAGCUCACUUGAAAGGGUGUACGAGUUCUGGGGCUGGCAGCACGACAAGGGUAGAACCAUUUUUGCUAACAAGCUUUUCAAAGCGUUCGUAGACAGCGCAGGACGUCGCUCUCGGCCCAUGCCCGAGUACAUUCCCUCGCGUCUUACAGAAUUCGUUCUCCAAAAACAAGUCUGGGUUAUGGAAUCUUAUGCGAGUAUUGCACGGAUCGUUGCUACUUUUGGAGGCAAUGUGGCUGAUGUCAAAUUCCUCAUCGAGCACCAUCCACAGAAUACGCAGAUUGAUGAGCAAAUCCUCAUCGGAGCCGUUUGCAAUUACAAGAUUAGAUUCCAUCUCAUCAAGAUGAUGUUGGAGACAUGGCCAAACCAAGUAAACAUCACACCCAAAGUCCUCGAAGCACUUCUGGCUAGUUCAUCAUCUUUUGGUGGAGCGUUCGUCCUGAGGCUUCUCCUUGCAGAGCGCCCGCAUCAGAUCCAGGUGACGGAGUCCAUGUUAAUAUUCGUGACCCAAUCGCGAGACUUCAGCACGGAAUGUCGGAGGGUACUCCUCGACGAUUACCGAUCUCAAAUCGAAAUGACGCAGCACAUCUUUUAUGCCAUGAUCGAUACACUGUUCGAACUCCUGGAGCCCCUGCAGCCAGACGACAUCGACGUUCUCAUGGAAGUUUUGAUCCAGUGGCCAUCGCACACGAAGAUCACAAGCCCAGUAUUACAUUCUAUUCUACGGCUUGGACAUCGUCUCGACGUUCUCGACCUCUUGUAUGGGCUGCGGCGCAACGAGCUCGAGGCCGCCAUCGACCGCGGGGUGCUCAUAAUGUUGGGUCAAUGGAGCACGCAUAACGAAAAUGAUCGGAUACGCGAAGCCGACUAUUCGGCGAGUUUUGGGCCGAAAGAGUCGUGA